ACAGCAUCGAGCCGCCUUCCCCCCUCACACUGGCAGUCCACGAUCCCUCACUACUUGUUCGCAAUUGCAAUCCGGAACUACCUCACCGUCUAUUACGCCCGAUAGCCCCGACUUGUGCUUGUCAAGAUGCCUCUUCAGGCUGUGAUGCUGGUAGUGGACAACUCGGAGAGCAGUCGAAAUGGAGAUUACACACCGUCCCGCUUUGACGCUCAGGUCGAUGCCAUAAAUAUCAUAUUCGAUAGUGUGACACAGGGAAACCCGGAAUCGUCCGUUGGCCUGAUGAGCAUGGGCGGCAAAGGACCCGAGGUCCUUUCGACGUUGACAACGGAGCGAGGAAAGCUGUUGGAAGGUCUACACCGCACCAAGAAAAAGAUAUCUGGUUCUUCGCACCUUGCCACGGGCAUUCAAAUUGCUAGUCUUGCCCUGAAGCACCGACAGAACAAAUCGCAACGCCAACGCAUCAUUGUAUUUGUAUGCUCGCCUGUAGCUGAUGAUAAAAAGAAACUGGUCAGUCUGGCCAAGAAGAUGAAGAAGGGAAAUAUCGAUAUCGACUUCAUCUUGUUUGGUGAUCUGGACGACGACGAUGUACAGAACAAGUUGGAGGCCUUCAAUGAGACUGUGAAGGGUAGUGAUAACUCUCAUCUUGUUGUCGUCCCUCCAAGUGGCAAACUUCUCAGCGAUCAACUUCUUUCUACACCGAUACUUGGCGAGGGAGCAGCGGGUGGCUCUGGAGGUGGCGGCAUGACCGAAGGCGGAGGAGAUUUCGGUGGUUUCGAUUUCGACCCAAGCGCUGACCCAGAAUUGGCGCUCGCCCUACGCAUGAGUAUGGAAGAGGAGAAUGCCCGACAGGCCAAGGCCGCUAGAGACGAAGAGGCCGCCAAGGGCAAGACGAACCUAGAUGAUAUUAAGGAGGAGGGCGAGAACCAGCCUCUGCUAAAUGAUCGAGGCGAGCCAAGUGGUGAUAAGAAAGACAAGGACAGUGGUGACAAGAUGGACACAUCAUAAUCCGAUGGGUCCCCCCUUUGAAAUACCUGAUGCAUGCAUGAAUUUGGGUGUUAGGAGUGUAUACUAUUAGAUGACGAUUUGAUACACUAGGCUUAGAGGAAAUAGUUGUCCCAAGAUCAAGGCCACAUAGCUACGACUUCAUACUUGAUGAAAAAAACCCGUUUAUUGCAAAGAAACCAUUCACUCCUAAACGCCAUGCCAUGCAAAGAACCCCUAGACUAU